AUGGCCGCGGCUCCCCUGCCCACCAAGCGUCGCGCCGCGAGACGCGACGCGGCGCUCCGGGCCGCCGCCGACAAGGCCAUCGCCGUGGCCAACAGCCUGACCGACGAGGCCUUUGUGUCUGCCUAUAUACAGCCCAGCGAGUCCUCGUGGCCGACGUGGACGCACCCCCGGACUCGCGAGCCGCACGCGGUCAGCCUGCGCUCGCCCGGGCAUAUGCCCGCCACCGAGCUCGCCGCGUGCCUGGCGCUGAUCGAGCGCACCAGCGGCGACGACUACCGCGCCGGCGGCGGUUGGGACCCGGCGGCCAAGGCCGCGGAGAUGCGCUCGCGCGGCCUCCGCUACGUGCUCGUGCGCCACCCCGACGACGGCGGGGAGGUUCGCGGGUUCGCGUCGUUCAUGUUCACAUGGGAGGACGACCGGCCGGUCGUCUACUGCUACGAGAUUCACCUCGCGCCGGAGCUGGAGGGGACAGGUCUGGGGGCGCUGCUGAUGGGACACGUCAUGGCGGUGGCGGGCCGCGUGGGCGGGAUGACGGGCACGAUGCUGACGUGCUUCGUGACGAAUGAGCGGGCGAGGCGGUUCUACGAGCGCUUGGGGUUCGUGGUGGACGCGAGCUCGCCGAGGCCGAGGAGGCUGCGGGAUAGGGUCGUUGAGCCCGCGUACGUUAUCAUGAGCCGCCCGACGACGACGACGGAGGGUAGUGGAGGUGUGGACGACGUGCCGCCCGACGAGGUUGACGGACAUCGAGAGAAGAGAGCUAGAAAAUCGACGUGA